AUAAUAGAGGAGGAGUGUGGAGAGCCAUUGGAUAGCGCAGAUGAGAGAGGGCAUGGAGAAUCCCAAUGUUCAGAGACACUGACAGCAGAGUGAACUGUGCACUCUGCCUUGCCACCAAUUAAACUAAAAAUUUUCCAUAGCCUCCCAUCUCUCCUUCCCCAAACACACCGCAUUCCCUCCCUUCCUCCCUCCAUCUCCCUCUUUCUCUUUUUCUCUUCUCUCUCUCUUGAUUUAUUCUUUUUUUUUUUUUUUUUUGUCUCUCUCCAAAAACCUACCUCCUUCCCCCUCUCUCCAUGAUCUGAUCAGAAAGCAGAUCGGAGUGUGAGAUGAGUGAGGAUCGAAACGAAAUGCCGGAGCCGGAGGUUGAUACGAGACGACGGGAGAUCGCCGGAGUCCUCACCGGUGAAUUCCAGUCGCCGUCCCCAGAUCAAGUUCUCGAAAAUGUUUUAGAGAACGUGCUCUUGUUCCUCACCUCUCGUCGCGACAGGAACGCGGUCUCACUGGUCUGCAAAUCGUGGUACCGUGCGGAGGCGCUCACCCGAUCCGACCUCUUCAUCGGAAACUGCUACGCCGUGUCGCCUCGCCGCGCGAUCGAGCGGUUCAGGCGGGUGAGGUCCGUGGUGCUCAAGGGGAAGCCGCGGUUCGCCGACUUUAACCUGAUGCCUCCGAAUUGGGGUGCUUACUUCACCCCUUGGGUAACGGCCAUGGCCACCUCCUACCCGUGGCUCGAGAAGGUUUACCUGAAGCGGAUGUUUGUUACCGAUCGGGAUUUGGAGCUUCUAGCUCAGUCCUUCCCUGCCUUUAAAGAGCUUGUGCUCGUUUGUUGUGACGGCUUCGGUACCAGUGGACUAGCCGGGAUUGCAAGCAAGUGCAGGCAACUCAGAGUGCUUGAUCUGAUUGAGGAUGAGGUUACUGAUGAUGAGGUGGAUUGGAUUUCUUGUUUCCCAGAGAGUGGUACUUGCCUUGAAUCUUUGAUUUUUGACUGCAUUGAAUGCCCUAUAAAUUUUGAGGCGUUGGAGCGUCUGGUGGCUAGAUCUCCUUCGUUGAGGAAGCUUAGGUUGAAUCGGUAUGUUUCAAUUGGGCAACUAUAUCGCCUAAUGAUUCGAGCUCCGCAGCUCACACAUCUUGGUUCGGGUUCAUUCAGCUCCUCAGACAUUGUAGCUCAGGGUGAUCAAGAACCAGAUUACAUCUCAGCUUUUGCAGCUUGCAAAUCCUUAGUUUGUCUCUCAGGGUUUAGGGAAAUAAUACCGGAUUACCUACCUGCAAUCUAUCCAGUUUGUGCUAAUCUCACUUCUCUUAAUUUCAGCUAUGCCAAUAUUAACACAGAACAGCUCAAAUCAGUCAUCUGCCACUGCCAUAAACUGCAGAUUUUCUGGGUUCUUGAUUCAGUCUGUGAUGAAGGACUUCAGGCUGUUGCUGCAACAUGCAAGGAGCUACGUGAGCUUAGGGUUUUCCCCAUUGAUGCUCGUGAGGAUAGUGAGGGCCCUGUUUCUGAAGUGGGUCUGCAAGCAAUUUCUGAGGGCUGUAGGAAGCUGCAAUCUAUUUUGUAUUUCUGCCAGCGGAUGACAAAUGCAGCUGUGAUAGCCAUGUCCAAAAACUGCCCUGACCUGGUGGUGUUUCGUCUUUGUAUAAUGGGCCGGCACCGGCCUGACCAUAUUACAGGAGAACCCAUGGAUGAAGGAUUUGGAGCCAUUGUCAUGAACUGUAAGAAGCUCACGAGGCUUGCCAUAUCUGGUUUACUAACCGACAAAGCUUUCAGUUAUAUUGGAAAAUAUGGGAAAUUAGUUCGGACCCUGUCAGUUGCUUUUGCUGGAGACAGCGACAUGGGGCUGAAAUAUGUGCUUGAGGGCUGCCCCAAAUUGCAGAAACUUGAGAUCAGAGAUAGCCCCUUUGGAGAUGCGGCUCUGCGAUCUGGUUUACACCACUAUUACAAUAUGAGAUUCCUCUGGAUGUCCUCCUGUAGAUUAUCUCGCCAAGGAUGUGAGGAGAUUGCACGAGCAAUGCCUGGUCUAGUGGUGGAAGUGAUUAGGAAUGAGAACGAGGAGGAUAAGGAUGGUUUUGAGAUAUUAUAUAUGUAUCGCUCUCUUGAAAGCCCAAGGAUUGAUGCACCUGAAUUUGUGACAAUUCUGUAAGCUAGGUUUUACAGGACAGUCAUUCCCCUGAUCUUAAAAAGUGUUGGGGAGGAAGUGGAAACUUUUUGCGGGGGAUUGAAUGCAGUGGGUACAUUUUAUAACCUACAAGAAGGUUGUUGCAUGCCUUGUUAAACAAAGAUGAAUAGGCCUUGUUUAGUCUAGGCCUGAGCUUUUGGAAUGCCAUUUAAAGCAGAGGCACUAAAAGACUGCCUUUCUUUUCUGUGCUGGUUCUUCCAGAUGAUGCUGCUGUGGGGGGUGGUUGAUGUGGAAGAUGGAUGUCUCUGUGAGGUAUUGGACCAUCCAGUCCAAUGUUGUUGUAUCGGUACGCUUUUAAAUUUUUAUGUUUCUUUCUGUUUUCAUAUUCAUUUCAUCAUAAAAGAAGGCUGCCUGAGGUGGAGAAAGGGGAGGGAUGUUGGGCUGCAACCAAAGAUUGAUUAUUUGUCUGUGAGGACAUUGGAUCAAUUUGCUCAUUAUCUAACGUUGAAGCAAAGAUGGGUUUUGAAGAAUUGGAAGGUGAAAUUCAGAAAACUUUUCUUCCAUGCCGCGGUAGAGGAGUCACUUUUUAAAGAAAUCGAGUAUGUUGGUCUUUAUAAAAAUGCUAGUUAGUUUAAGCUGUAGCUGGUGAGAACUAAUGCCCAGAAGGAUACAUCACUCUCUCUUUCUCUAGACGUUUGUUUUCUCUUUUUUCUUUCUUUUCUUUCCUUUUUUUCCCCUCUCAGAUGUGUUGUUCUAGCACCUGACUGUUGAAUUUAUUAUUGUUAUUGUUAGCAAUGUGAGAUGGGUAAUAAAUGCCAAAUAUGCUUGGACCAGAUA